UGUCUUUUCUUUUUCCUGUCUCAGGGGACAUUGGGAACUAUUAUUAUGGCCAAGGCCACCCCAUGAAGCCACACAGGAUCAGGAUGACGCAUAACCUCCUUCUGAACUACGGCCUUUACAGAAAAAUGGAAAUCUAUCGACCCUACAAAGCUAGUGCUGAGGAAAUGACCAAAUACCACAGUGAUGACUACAUCAAAUUUCUACGCUCGAUCCGUCCAGAUAACAUGUCCGAAUACAGCAAGCAGAUGCAACGAUUCAAUGUUGGAGAGGAUUGCCCCGUCUUUGAUGGCUUGUUUGAGUUUUGUCAGCUUUCUACAGGAGGCUCGGUUGCCAGUGCAGUGAAGCUAAACAAGCAACAGACAGACAUUGCAGUGAACUGGGCAGGAGGCUUGCAUCAUGCCAAGAAGUCGGAGGCGUCGGGCUUCUGUUACGUCAACGACAUUGUCUUGGCCAUCUUGGAGUUGCUCAAGUAUCACCAGAGAGUCUUGUACGUCGACAUUGAUAUCCACCAUGGUGACGGUGUGGAGGAAGCAUUCUACACCACAGACCGUGUCAUGACGGCAUCAUUUCAUAAGUAUGGCGAGUACUUCCCAGGAACAGGAGAUCUGCGGGACAUUGGUGCAGGCAAAGGGAAGUACUAUGCUGUCAACUACCCUCUCAGGGACGGGAUUGACGAUGAAUCCUACGAAGCCAUUUUCAAGCCGGUGAUGUCGAAAGUGAUGGAGACAUUCCAGCCUAGUGCUGUGGCAUUGCAGUGUGGCUCUGACUCCUUAUCAGGGGACAGGUUGGGCUGUUUUAAUCUGACCAUUAAAGGUCAUGCCAAGUGUGUCGAGUUUAUCAAAAGCUUUAACUUGCCUAUGCUAAUGCUUGGAGGAGGCGGCUACACGAUCCGCAACGUAGCCAGGUGCUGGACAUAUGAGACUGCCGUGGCGCUGAACACAGAGAUCCCUAAUGAGCUUCCUUACAACGAUUACUUUGAAUACUUUGGCCCGGACUUCAAGCUCCACAUCAGCCCCUCCAACAUGACUAACCAAAACACCAACGAGUAUCUGGAGAAGAUUAAGCAGCGUCUCUUUGAGAAUCUCCGAAUGCUUCCUCAUGCUCCCGGAGUCCAGAUGCAGCCUAUCCCAGAGGAUGCUGUGCCAGAAGACAGUGCUGAUGAAGAUGAGGAAGAUCCUGAUAAACGAAUUUCCAUCCGCUCAUCAGAUAAGAGGAUAGCGUGCGAUGAGGAAUUCUCCGACUCAGAGGAUGAAGGGGAAGGUGGCCGCAAAAACGUUGCCAAUUUCAAGAAGGCAAAGAGGGCAAAGACAGAAGAAGAGGAGAAGGAGGAGGAAAAGAAAGAAGUAAAAGAAGAAGAUAAAGCAAAAGAGGAACCAGUGGAGCCCAAAAGCAUAAAGGAGGAAACGAAAUCGACCUAAGAAGCUGGUAGCCGGGUAACUCCUCAGCCCUCCCCUCACUCCCACUUCCUCACUUUGCUCUCUCUGGUACCCUCCUGUUUCACAAGAUUUGGAUUUUAUACUUUUCUGUAGAUAUUUCUAUAUAAAUAUAUUGGAGACAAGAGGUCCAGAUGGAGUUCCUUGUUGCCCUCUUCUUGGGCGAGCGGUGAGGACGAUCCUGCUCAGGCCAAAGCCCAGCUUGGCCCCAGGGAAUUAUCUGGUGUGUUAUUCGAGAGGCGUCCCUCUUCUCCUGCUGCUGCUGCUGCCUCGUUGGGGACGUGUUCGUACAUUUUUAAAUCUUUUAAUUUUAAAAUCUCUCCUUCUCUCUUGCACUUCCCCUUUCUUUUCAAAGAACGGCAUCCCUUGGGAAACUGUUCGCCCCGGGGGAAGGCUUUUGACUUCUUUUUCCUUAAGUAGUUUAUUUUUGAGGUAUGGAUACAGCCAUAAAUCUUUUGGGGAAAGUGGUGGGGUGGGGUAGGGGAGGAAUUGCAACUCGAACCCAUGAAAGAAUUCACCCUGUUCACGGUAAGCAUGAGUUGUGGCUUGUUGGCAUCCCACUACAGUUACAGCACAUGGAGGCCACUUCUUUACAUGGCCCCAUCCUAUGAGAAUCUGGGAUUUGUACUUGUGUGCGAGACUGACUUCUCAGCCAGGGAGCUCUAGUGCCUCGCCAACCUAUAGAUCCCAGGAGUCUAUAGAAAGCAGCCAUGGCAAUUAAAGUGGGAUCAGAGUACUAUAACUAUAAUGUGAAAAGGACCUGGGAUGAAGAAUAAAGGUAGGCGGGAGUGCUCUUAAACAUGAAGCCUCCUGCAACUGCUUCCCUCCGAUUCCCAGACUCUAGUCUUCCAGGUGUUUUGGGCUGCAACUCCCAGAAGCCUCAUCCAUCUUGGUCAAUGUUCUGGGACUGUGGGAGUUGAAGUCCAAAACAUCUGGAAGGCCAAAGUGUGGGAAUCACAGCUCUAAAUUCUGGGAAAGAACUGGCUCCCUUUUUUUCCUCUUUCUCAGAAGCUAAUGUGAAUCCAUCCAGUUUCAUUCUCUGAAUGCCACUCACGCAGUUCACGCUUUUUAAUCCGGCCUACAUGUAGUCAGUGACUGCCAAGGAUGGCAUUUCACCUUUUCCAAAAGGACCUCUUCACAGUAAUGCCAAGUUACGUGGCAUUUCACCCAGGGUCCAGGUGAUGGUUUCAACAACGCAGGGUGGGGUUUUCCAAAAGGGCAAGGUGGUGGAAUAUUGGGUUUUAGAGCCAGCAAUGCUGAUAAGAUAGCCAUGUCACUCUGGGUGGGGCUUUUGGGGGAUAUAUGGGGAUUUGAAGGGGGGGGGGGGUGAAAGGUUUUUAUUUUUUUAAGUCUCUGGUUUAGCUGUUUUGUAGUCUCUCAGAUGCAAGUUCCACGCAGCUCUUCCUGCUCUUUGAUACUUGUAUUGGUGAAAUGAAAGAUCAUUGUAUUUGUGUGUUUUGGGGGCGGGACAGGGAAGAUAUAUAUAUUGUGGUUUUUUAAAAAAACAACAACACAAAAAGAAAGAACUUUUAUUUUCGUUUUUUUGGAAAGAAAAGAAAAACCUUUGUAAUAAAAUUGGUCUGUUUCUCUGUU